AUGAACCUGACAUCUGAUAUCGUUCACGAUGCAUGCACGGACGAGUCUCCGCUAUCAGCAGAUCUUAACCUGGAGCUUGGAUCGAACGCCAGCUCGCUCUCGUCAUCUGAGUUGUCGUCCGACUCGGGCUCAGGAAAUAAGAGAUUGUCUCCAGAGCACCGGGUCGACCCUGACCACGAGCACGAGAGUGAUCCGGACCUUUCUGAACUCUACACUAUUGAGGACGUGUUUAAACUCUACACUAUUGAGGACGUGUUUAAUUCGGCUCUGAUCAAAGACCGCCAGGGUUCAGCGGGCGUUUUGGAGACUCUGCAUUCGUUGGUGCAAGGAAGCCAUACGAAAGUCGACGUUGAUGAUUUAGCGAGAAGGUUCACGGACGCAGACCCAGAAACCAAAGACAAGCUACAGCUAGAAUUUGUUACGGUGUUGACCAUCAUCAAAUUGUCAAAAGAGCUCAACGGUGUGCUGGCUAGCCAGAUGAACGAGCUUUCUUUCCAGAAAGCUGCCACCAUUUCUUUGGCUGCUAUGGGCCUGUUUAAGUAUCACUUCCAGCUACAGCAAACUCACCCGAACUUUGGGUUCAAGAACUUUGGCUCUUUGCUGAGCCUUGAACAGUACAACCUCGUCAUACCAAUUUUGAAAACUCUUGUUCUGGCUCCAAAAUAUAACUACACAGAGCUAGAGAUGAUCAAACAACGCUUCAUGCUUCUCGUUGCUAUGCAUCUAAUGAACAAGUAUAUGUUUGAUGCUCUCUUGUCCUCGUUUGCUCAAAAGGACAUUUACAUUAUGUUCACCCACGUAUUUGCAGCGGAGUCGCAGACUCCUUUAAUGGCAAGCGGUGGCUUACACUCCUUUUUUGAAAAUUUCAAUCACUGUGAAACCUUGGCGCAAAGCUCUUUGUGUGAAGACAAGGACUCGCGCACACUGUUCGGUAUUUUAUUUCCUCCCCAUUAUCAGCGGAUUGCUACUCAAAGUAUCGAAGCUCUAUUGAAAAUGGAUCAUCUUUGUGCCAAGCCUGGCAUGUCAUUUGAGAAGCUCAACGAGGUGUUGAGACUUUAUUUGGAAAAUGACAUAAACAGCGAGAUGAUUUCAUUGUAUUGUUGGCACAAGCCAGCGCUGCUGAAUAUCUUACACAAGAUCGUCGACGUGCAAUCAAAGAACGUCACUAAUUUGCACAAAGUAAGCUACUAUUUGCUGGCAAAUAUUAGCGAGUUUCUUAUCACCAAUGUUCCGCUGAUCAAUAUCGAAGAUCGCGCUUUGCUCGUGAUUCUUCUGAAGAUUAAUAACUCCAAUUUCAAGGAUAGUUUGGGCAUCACAAACGACUCUUACACGUACGAAGUCACAGAGACUACCAUGAAGAUGUUGUUUGAGAUUGUGGACCAAAACUCUAAGCUUGAAUACCCAACGGAGUUAAAUCUACUAAGCUACCUGAAGGUCAGUUUGAAGAACAUCGACUACAAUCUGAAUUCCUUCGAGUCCUUUUUGAACAUCGCUGCGCUGCUGAAUGACAUGGGAUGCAGACUAUCCAUACACGCGCUGUUGGAGAACGUUCAGUUUGUUCUUUCGUCAAGCUUGAACAAUGAGCUCUUUGGCUUAGUUGGACAAAGUGCAAGAAUCCCAGAGUUGCUCAAGCGCCCAUUUGGAUUUGAGUACAUUCCUCCGCUAGGAAAGUCCAAUUUCAUUUUCGAGAACAAUCUAAACAUGGGAGAUGAGUCCUUGAAGAAAGUACGGGCACAAACCAAAGAAGCCUUCAAAUUUAUUCAGUCAAGCACUUAUCGCAGAGUCAAGGGCACCAAGCUGUUGCAGGACUGUGUUCUUUUAUGUGCUAUCGUGAAGUCGAAAGUAUACAAUUUCUUAAGAGAGUUCAAUGAUGAACUUGGCUUAAUGAAAUUCUCAACGGAACAGAAAUCUGCGGUCAAAGAUGACACUAUGAACAAGUUCAAGCAAAGAACGUUUACUCAACUGGCUCUUUUCAAGUCACAGCAUGGGCUGGAUUACAAAAUACUCAACAAGUCUGUUGAUCUGAACCUGGCAGCUACGCUCAGCAGCCUGAAGAUCUGCGGCAAUUAUAGCAGGUUCCCAGAAGUGGUGGACUCUUCGUCUUUGUACGAUAGACCGUUUUGCAACAUUUUGUAUCACUAUCAACUUGACUCGCUUCUUAGUUACUUGCUCGUGUACAAGGAGUUUGGGGUGUUCAGUCUGUUCAAAAUGAUGAAGACGGUUUUGCUUAGCGACCUGACUUUGAUACCCAUUGCUUCGAAGGUGCUGUCGAACUUAGUAGGCUUUGAGAACUCGUCCAACAAGCCGAAGAUCCAGUACGUCACAAGCAUCAUCCACCAGAGCGACGUUUUGUGCAGUCUCGUGAGACAAUUUGUGGAGCUGUUUGAUGAUGCACGCUCUAGCUCGUUCAGGCAAUUGCUCGACUUCAUGAAAGUCCAUCCUUCGCCAAUCAAGCCUUCGAAGAUUCCGAAGGGCACUGUUGAGCUGGACUUAGGGCAGUUUCUUCCACAUCUGGAGUCCGGGUUCGAGAAGCGCCAAGCUGUUUAA